AUGCUGAAGGAGGUAUGUGUAGAGAGUGGUGCUAAAUUGAUUCAGACAUUCGACAUUAUAAACAAAAGAACAAAAACAUUUGGCGAGACGGCAUUCACCUAUCAGAUACAGCUAUCAUCUGAUUUAAAACUUAAUGAUGGUUGUAAACCGAGUCAUGCUGAGCAAGAUAGACUGGACAGAGCAGGAGAUGUUUGUCUUGAAUAUGAAACUAUUUCAAACGUUGCCCUUUUCUUUUCAGUCUCAGAUUCUCACAUUCCAACAGAGCCUUUUACAAAGAACAUAGCUUUGAAUAAACCUACUAGUAUGAGCAGUGUGAACCAUAAAUACGUGGCAUGUAAAGGUGUUGACGGAAAGUUGACUGGUUUUGCUCACACCAAGAAUUCUGACACAGAAUGGUGGUGUGUUGAUUUAGAGAAAGUAUACGACUUUCAAUCCGUCGUUCUAUACAACAGACGGAGUAAAAACCAAG